AUGCUUCUUGUAGACCCGAAUUGCCCCUCUUUCAAUGACGAUACCCAACUCCGCUUCUUUGGGAAGUUCAUCUCAGUUGGAGAGGUGAGUCUUCCAUGCUGCUGGCUAAGUCAAGCGCUCAUACUGAUUUCUCCCCAGGCUUUGCAAUUCCUAAGGCUCCCUGAUGGUCUUACACCUCUUGCGACGAGGACAUAUGCUUGUUCAACCGGAGCUUGGAAUGAUGGACAGAGCCUUCUUCCCGUUAUCCUCAAAACUUCCGACGACUCAGACACCCAGUUGGAAAAAGGCAAAACGUACGCAGUCAAAGGUCAAAUCACUGGCUGUGAUUCUUUGGGAGUUCCAAAGUUUACGUGGGUGCCUGGAGACCAAAGGAUGUCUUACUUGGGCACGCGCUACGUAGAUUUUAAGCGGGUUCGGGUCUCAGGCGUUGGAUCAGUCAAGACAGUCCGUGUUAUCAAAAUUGGCGAUGGUGAUGAGGAAGACCUCCUCGACGUGACUGUAGAACACCUGGCGGAGGAACGAUUUGGGGGCGUCAUGCGCGUACACUGCCUUUUGGGGUGGAAGUAUUGUAAAGUUCCCAAAGACACAACGUUGUAUGUCGGGAGCAAGAUAUCAUACAAGGGGAAGUUGGAUGGCUUUGCCAAGUCAUGCGGUCGAAUGAUCAUUGAAGUGAACCGUGCGACCGUGAACUUCGCAGAGAUUCAGCUUCAGAGAUCAGAGUUUUUGCCGAGCUCUUCAGAAUACGAAAUUUGA